UUUGCAGUUCCGUACUGAUAGUGGGAAUAACUGUUUUCCUGGUAGAAACGGUAGGGUGUCAUCAUUGGCAGUGCAACAAUCGCAACUAUGCGACCGCUUUGGAAUGACAAAACCUUCCCAACUCCAUAUAUAUAUGCACGCGCGACUCCAUCAUUUACACUUUGUGUCUUUGUACGUUGUUACUUUUGUAAAAAACACACAAAAAGCGCGCUCUACAACAUCUCCAGCAUGAAGCUGUUUGCCAUUCCAUUGCUUUGUUUGGUUUCGAUCGGUGUGCAAACGGUUGGUACGAAGUUGCUGUACAAAAAUGUGGAAACGUUUGACUUUGACAAUGAGCUGGAAAAUCGGAACGAUGAACAGGGAAAGUCUACAUCGAACCGUACCCAGGAACGAAUCAAUCUUACCGUACCAGGUACUAAGUGGUGUGGACCGGGUAAUACUGCAAGCGAUUAUGAUGAUCUCGGUUCCAACUCCGAAGUGGACAAGUGUUGUCGCGAUCAUGAUCAUUGCGAUAAUAUUCCAGCGGGGGAAACGAAAUAUGGGUUAAAGAAUAACGAUUACUUUACGAGGCUGCACUGUAAGUGUGAUCGCGACUUCCAGAACUGUCUGCACCGGGUAAAUACGACCUUCUCCAACAAGCUUGGUAACUUCUACUUCACCGUAAGAGAUCAGUGCUACAAGAAGCAAUACCCAAUAGUGGACUGUGCAGAGCAUACAAACAAAAUUUUCCUUCGCCGUUGUGUACGAUACGUACUGGAUACAUCGCGCACUGACAUGUGGCAAUGGUUUGAUCUUCCCUUCUACGAUGGUAACAUGUUGGAUGGGUUUUAAAAGGGG